AUGUUUAGUGAGGGGGGUAGAAAAGAUGAUGUUAAUGAUGAAGAUGAGGAUUCAGACUUGUUUGAUUCUGAUUAUGAUAUAUCAACAGAGGUAGAAGAUGAUGACAUAUUAUUUGAUGAUUAUGUGGAUGAUAAAACAACAUCAGAUUUAGAAGUUGAUGAUGAAAACAACUCUGAUGGUCUAAGUGGGUCUAGUGAUGAUGGUGAGACAGAUAUUAUGGGUGAUGAGAUUGAUCUAAAUGAAAAUAAAGUCAGUGAUGAUGAGCAAAGUGAAUCUAGCUACCCUAUUUUUAAUCCUGCUGAAAAAUUUGAUCCAACAUUUACAUUGGGGAUGAUGUUUAGCACAAAGGGUGAGCUUAGAAAUGCUAUUCAGUCACAUGCAAUUAAGACAAGAAGACAUAUAAUUUGCACAAAAAGUGACCCAAGCAGAUACUAUGCUAAAUGUGGUGAUACAAAUUGUGAUUGGAGGUUACAUGCUCGUAAAGUAAAAGAUGAAUGCACUUUUCAGAUUAGGGAUUACAACCCUAAACACAAGUGUGCCAAGACUUUCAAUCUAAAAAAUGUAAAGUCUAGUUGGCUCUGUGAUAAAUAUCUUGACAAAUUCAAAUCUGAUCCCAAGAGGUCUGUGAAGGGGUUUAGAGUGGAUGCUAUAAAUGAGAUUAGAUGUCAUAUCUCCAAAGAUCAAGCAUAUAGAGCCAAAAGAAAAGCAUUGAAAAAACUUGAGGGCAGUCCUGAGUACCAAUAUACAAGACUUUGGGAUUAUGCAGAUGAGAUUAGAAGAACCAAUCCAGGUAGCACUGUCAUUGUGGGGACUGAAGAUGUGGGAAGGGAAAACAGAUUUAGUAAGUUUUAUGUUUGUUUUUCAGCAAUGAAAAUUGGUUUCAAAGAGGGGUGUAGGAAGAUAAUUGGUGUUGAUGGGUGCCACUUAAAGGGGCCUCAUGGGGGAAUUCUUCUAACUGCAGUAGGGGUGGAUCCAAACAACAAUCUUUACCCAAUUGCAUAUGCUGUUGUAAACACAGAAUCAAGGGAAACUUGGGAGUGGUUUUUGAUUUUGUUGAAAACUGAUUUGGCUAUUGAAAAUCAGAGUGAAUAUGGAACAGGUAAUCUAAUCUGGAAGCAUGCAAUUGGACAUCCAAUUACUUCAUCUGCUUAUGUAGAUGAGAACACCCAAGUGAUGUCUAAUGGCUCCAUUCUGUCUGGCAGGUUAAUCUGCGUCUGUGACAGUUCUAGUGGUAUGCAUGUGCUUACAGUUGACUCGAAUUCUAUUGGAGGUUCAAAGCAAAAUAUGAAAGACAUAGUACAGGAAUUUGCUCGAUUGGACUUGGAAGACGAGACCUAA